AUGGAUUCUAUGACAGAAUUAAUUGGUUAUAAUCACAUCUUUUCGACUGUUUACCAUCCGCAAACGAACGAAAUGGUUGAACGUUUCAAUGCAACAUUUGUUCCUCAACUUGCCAAACUUCAAGAUCGCGAACAUAACAAUUGGGAUGAAUAUUUAUUACCCAUAGGAUUCGCUUAUAAUACGGAAAUUCAUGCAACCACUCAAUAUUCACCGUAUCAAUUACAAUUCCGACGUCAACCACAUUUACCUACUGAUGAAUCCUCGACAUCGUUCAUAUUUAAUAAACCCAAUGAUUAUUAUGAUCAACUUAAAAAAGGUAUGUUGCGAUCAUUCAACAACAAGCACGUGAACAUAUUGUUACUCGACAACGGUAAUACAAAAGUAAUUAUGACAAACGGCGUAACAGAUCCUCAUUAUAAAAUUAAUGCUUUUGUAUUAAUUAAGAGCCAUGGAUUGAAAACAAAAUUAGAACAAAAAUAUUCGAUCACACCCAAAAUUAUUAUUAAAGAACAACAUCCUACUUAUUGGGUCAAAGAUGAACAUACACAAAUUGCGAAUCUCGAGUGCAUGUUAAUGACAUUGGACCAAUAUUUAUUUCUUAAACAACGUGACGUAUAA